UGUUUUCUCCUCAGUUAAGCUCCGACCCUCGAUCGGGAUACGCAGUUUUUAUGAGGAUAGACUGCAAGCCACUCACGAUUUCAAAGGUUUUAAUCCAACAGGACAAAAUGAAGAUCCUUAUUCUCAUGUUCCUCAUGGGAAUAGGAGGGGUGACGGCAGUCACUCACUCUCUGAAGUAUUUCUGCACUGCAUCCACUGAAGUCCCAAACUUCCCAGAGUUUGUGGUUGUUGGAAUGGUUGAUGAAGUUCAGAUGUAUUACUACGACAGCAACACCAGGACAGCAGUGCCCAAACAGGACUGGAUGACGGAAGCGACAGAUGGAGAUAAACAGUACUGGGAGAGGAACACUGGGAUCUUUCAGGGUGAACAGCAGACCUUCAAAGCCAACAUUGAAAUACUAAAGCAACGCUUCAACCAAACUGGAGGUGUUCACCUUUACCAGAACAUGUACGGCUGUGAAUGGGAUGAUGAGACAGACGAGGUUAAUGGUUACAGACAGUAUGGUUAUGAUGGAGAAGACUUCAUAUCAUUGGAUCAGAAGGAAGAGACAUACAUCGCUGCAAAACAUCAGGCUGUCAUCACCAAACACAAGUGGGACAAUAACAAAGCUCGAACAGCAUACUUGAAGAACUACUACACCCAGAUUUGUCCUGAGUGGCUGAAGAAGUAUGUGAACUAUGGGAGGAGCUCCCUGAUGAGAAAAGAUCUUCCCUCAGUGUCUCUCCUCCAGAAGACUUCCUCCUCUCCGGUCACCUGCCACGCUACAGGCUUCUACCCCGACAGAGCCGACUUGUUCUGGAGGAAAGAUGGACAGGAGCUUCAUGAGGACGUGGACAAAGGAGAGAUCCUCCCCAACCAUGAUGGAACCUUCCAGAUGAGUGUUGACCUGAAGAUUUCAUCAGUUGCUCCUGAAGACUGGAAGAAGUACGACUGUGUGUUUCAGAUGUCUGGUGUCAAAGACGACCGCAUCAUCAAACUGGACAAAUCAGUGAUCAGGACCAAUGAGGGAAAUCCUCUCCCCAUGAUCAUCCCCAUCAUUGUUGCUGUGGUUGUUCUUGCUGUCAUCGCUGUGGUUGGAUUCCUUGUUUACAAGAAGAAGCAAGACAAGCGUCCUCCAUCUCCUGUAGACAACAGAGAGGUCCAGGAGGAAAUGCUUCCAAAAGCCUGAAUGACAAACAAAACCCUGCACUCAGUUCAUGGAUCAUUUUCUCACUGAAACAAGGAUCAGUGUCACCACAUUCUCCUCCAUAAACUGGAAAUUCAUUGGAUGUUCAUCAUUAUUAUAAACUGGUAGAAGAAGUGUUGGGAUGGAGUUAGAAAUACCUUUUGUUUCAAAUUUAAAGGAAAUAAAAUUGACAAAAAGGAGUCAUCAAACAACAUGAUAGUUGUUUUGAGCAUUUAGUUUGUAAUUAAAAAGUGGAAUUAACUCUUCAGGGAAGUAAAACAUGUCCAGAUUACAUAAAAAUCAAUGAAAGCAUCUCAGCGUUCUUCUUAGAGACACAAUGAUUCAAAGAAUUGCCACCUCCUCUGAAACAUAUAUCACAUUUACAGUUAAAUAUUUCUGGUUUUGGGGUCUUCCUGUAGAUCAAUAAAUCAAACAAUAAUCAAUAUUGAUAAUACAGAUGUAGAUAUACAUUUAUAGACACACAGACACACAUUACAUGUUUUCUCCUUUUCAUAGACGUAAACUCUGAGGGUCUGGUGAUAUAAUGACAUAAACAUUAAGACAAAAUGCUGCAAACCAAUCAGCAGCUUCCAGAAACAUGUAAACUGCAGAGUUUCAACAUCCUGCAGUUGUCAGUGUAACUGGUCUUUGUGUGUUCCUGCUGGAGAUAAAGUGAAGCUCGUCUCUGCUGCUGGGACUGACUCCAGUCCUCUCAGUGGACAAACAGGACAGAAAAGUGAUGGAGGCAGUUUUUCAUCACUGUGGUGAUCAUCCUGAUUUGUCAGUAAACUGUUAGAAACACAUUUCCAUCUGGUUUCUGCUACAUCAUUAAAAUGUGUUCAUGCAAUUUCAGAAUAAUAUAAAUAAGUAAAAUAAAAUUGACGUAUUUGAGGGAGCAGUACCAGUGUUUCCCAUCCCUCUACACACACACACACACACACACACACACACAAAUACAGGCAUCAGUUCAGAUUUUAGUUUCCAGUUGUGUAUAUAUCGUGUGCAAAGAUUUUUCUUUGAUUCCAACCAGACUUAAGAUGUUUUAAUAUAUGUCUUUGAAAUUAUUCUUGAGUGUUUUUGUUUCUUUGACUAUGUCUAUAGUUUGAUCUUAAGCUUGAGAGUAGAUUUUAAUUUGAGUUAAGAUUCUUAAGUGUACUGUGAUAAAUUCUGUUUCAGCAUGCUGGUAAAGGUUCUUGAAAUAUUUCUUGCUAGUUCUUAGGGAAAGAUAAUUUCUGUAAACAUUUAGAAAUUAUACAGCAAUGCUUAAAUCAGUUCUUGUGUUGGGUUUAUUGGAUGAUUAAGUUGCAUUGCUGUGUCAUUCCUUCGCUUUUCAAUAAAGUCCUAAAUAAUCCAAAUUCUCUCAUCUUGUGAUUCCACAUUCAGUUUGUGCCACAACUACAGUUUCAUGAAUUAAGUAUUCUCUGCUGUCUCAAACUAAAGAUGGGAAGAAAAUUGUCUAUACAGUUGUAACAACCAUGUAUAUCAUGGCAAUCUUGACUUUCCAAUGAUGCAGAUAAGUUCCUUUUUUUGUAAUACAAGACGCUGAAACAUAUCUUUGAAAAAAUACUAAGCAUGACAAUAUGAUGGGUCAAAAGUAUCCUUCCAGAAACUUCAGUUAUCAGCUCUGGUGAUGUAGAAUGAAUUUUUUCUUAAUGACAGAACUUCUGGGAGUUGCUACAGUUGAGUACAGCUAGUGACUCCUCUGAGCCCAUUUAAAGUCUGAGGAGCUCAGCAAUGAUGUGUAAAGCAAAAGCAUUGACUAGGUCUGCAGUUAAUUAGAAGCUUCUGGAACACAGGCAUUAGUGUCAACAGUCAAACAUGUUUUACAAUGAUGUGGGCCGAGAGGCUGCCUUGCAAGAAGGAAACCUUUCCUCUAGAAGCAACCAUGAUCACAUGAACAGGCCUUCUGGAGAAAAGUUCUGUGGUCAAAUGAAACAAAAAUUGAGCUUAUAGAUCACAGUGACCAGAAAACAGAGAAUCAGCCAGAGAGUUGGUCUUGGAUGCAGUUGGUGCUCUAACAAGACAAUGACCCCAAACACACUUCAGAAAGUUUUUUUUUGUAAGGCUAAAAAAAGGCUUAAAGUUUUAGACUGACCUUCCCAAAGUCCUGACUUAAACCUAUUCAAGAACCUGUGGACUGUGCUAAAGAAACAAAAAUGUCAGAAAAUCAACUAAUUUAGUUGAACUGUACAAAGAUGCAACCAAAGCUUGCCAGAAACUUGUGGAUGGUGACUAAAAAGGCCCAAGUGAGGUGAAAACGGCCAAGACACAUUUAACCAAAUAUUAGCACGAUGUAUGUAUACAUCAGACUCAAGACUGCCAUGAUACAUUUUAUCUUUACACGUGCGUAUAUAAACAUCUGUUCACAACAGUAAAUGAGAGUGACACUGUCCUCUACAUUUUGAUUUGGGAUUCUCUCAGCUAUUGCAUUUAUUUAUUUUGGGAUGUUUGUACUGAAGGUUUAUUUUAAAUGACUGAAUAAUAAAAACAUUCCAAACCA